GGAAGCCCCAUCUCACCUCCAUGGCCUUCUUGGUGGCUGGGACCCUGCGAGUGGCUGCACAGCUGGCAGAUGCCCGAGACAGCCUGAGGAGAAAGGGGAAGUACGGUACGCAGGGGUCACGGGUGGCCCUGACACUCAGCAGCCCUGGGGUGUCUGCUGCUACUGUUGCUGCCCUGGACCGUGUGUUCCAAACCCUAGGCUUUGAAAACCAGAAGAGUGAGGUCUUGGUCCAGGGCAUCCUUAAAGAGCUGGUUCGGUUCUGGGAGCAGCUGGACGCCCAGAGGGGCCCUGUGAGCUGUGCCCUUGUGGCCUUGGUGGCCCCUGGUAAACAGCUGAGACAGCCACUGCCACUGGUCCAGGACCUAAGUCGCUGUGAGGCCUUGCAAGGCCGCCCCAAAGUCUUUCUGCUACUCUCUAGUGAUCCUGGGGCUGGCCCGGAGCCUGGAGCCUUCCUUGCUGGUCUGGGGGAGCUCUGCAGCCGUUCUCCUCACUGGUCCCUGCUGCAGCUGCUCACAGAGCUCUUCUGCAGGGUGACGGAGGAGUCUGCUGGGGACACCUACUGCCCAGUCUUCCAGAGCUCCUUGCGGGGGGCCCUGUGCCUGGGAGCGGUGGAGCCUUGGAGGCCUGAGCCAGAUCCUGGUCCCAGUGUGCAGUAUGACCUGUCUGGGGCCAGGGCUGCCCUCAUCCUGGCCGUGGUCCAAGACCGGCCCGGGGCACAGAAUGACGUGGAGGCCCUGGGAGACCUGUGCCAGGCCCUGGGCUUUCAGACUACUGUGAGGACAGACCCUACAGCUCAGGCAUUCUGGGAGGCUCUGGCUCAGUUCCAAAAGAGGCUGGACACCUACAAGCACCCUGUGAGCUGUGCCCUUGUGGCCCUGAUGGCUCAUGGGGGGCCACAGGGACAGCUGCUUGGGGUUGAUGGGAAAGAGGUACAGCCAGAGGCGCUACUGUGGGAGCUAAGCCACUGCCCAGUGCUCCAGGGCCACCCCAAGAUAUUUCUGCAUCAGGCUUGCCGUGGCGGAAACAGAGAUGCUGGAGUGGGGCCUCCAGCUCUCCCCUGGUACUGGCGCUGGUUGCGGGCACCUCCAGCCACCCCUUCCCAGGCAGAUGUCCUCCAGAUCCAUGCAUAUACCCAAGGCAGCUCUUCCAGGGGCCCCACUUCAGGGAAUGCUGAUGUGGCAGAUGUUCUGACAGUGUACGCAGCCACUGAGGGCUGUGUAGCCUAUCGGGACGAGAAGGGCUCAGACUUUGUCCAGAUGCUGGUGGAGGUCGUCAGAGCCAACCCUGGGGGAGACCUUCUAGAGCUGCUGACAGAGGUCAACAGGCGGGUGUGUGAGCUGGACGUGCUGGGACCGGACAGCCAAGCUCCCCGAAAGGCCUGCCUGGAGAUCCGCAGCUCGCUCCGGCACCGGCUCUGCCUGCAGGCCUGACGGCCCCCGCUUCAUCCGCCGCACCCAACUUCCUCCUGGCUGCCAGUCUCGGGCUCCUUGGAUGCGGACGCCUAGAUGUCGCGCAAUAAAUGUCUGUUGUGGUCGCUGUGUUGGGACAGCUUGCUCUUGGAGACCUGUAACUAGGUGAGACGGUGGAAUUAAAGUACUUGACACAACUGUGCCCCGGGAGCUGUGCCCUGCGUCUGGGUCUAAGGAACACAGUGAGUUGGACCUGGGAGUGGCCCAGGCCCACAUUCCCCUCGCAGCCCUGUCCCUGAGCGGGCCCUGGGUCAGAUCCAGCCCAGAGGCUCAGGAAGAGACCGCCAGCGCGGUGAUGGGGCAAACUCAGGGCCGGGGGAGCGGUGGGCAGCCUUUACGGAAGCGGGGAAGGAGAUCGGAAAGGUAGGGGCAACUAGGCUCGCUGGACGACCGCGCGCCGAGCAGUCCGUGCAGACCGCGCAGAGCUUCCCGACUCGGAGCCCUGAGGGGACGGAUUUCACCGAAGAAGCCUGCUAAAGCACACUGCGCAGGCGCCCAACAAGCUUUAUAGAGAAAUCGGUGAAGCAAGUGGGCGUGGGGCCGCGUGGCCUAAUGGAUAAGGCGUCUGAUUCCGGAUCAGAAGAUUGGGGGUUCGAGUCCCUUCGUGGUCGCUGCGAUGUGGUUUUUCUUUCGGUGUUUUUUUUUUCAUCUUUACCUGAAAGUUUUUCUUCUCUCGCGAUGUGCCUUGCGCCUGUCUAGGGCGCCCUAGUUGUCCGGAUCUGUCGUUCUCAUCGUCCUACAGUCGAGCCAGCGUCAGAGCCAAGGUGGCAGCUAGGUCACCCCACAUACUGGACAGACAGCAUAUGAAGCCAGAGACAGCGAGCUACAUGAAUUUGUGUUCAGGCUGUUAAAAAUGACAGGCUCCUGUUCGGGUUGCUUGGAGUGAGGAUCCAGAAUUGUUCCAGGGGAUCAAAGAACAUAUGCAUUUAAAAAUCUAAUGGUCUAUUAUACUCAUGUUCCACAAUGCUGUGACCAUAACUAAGGCCACUGAAUUGUAAACCUGAAAGUGGGCAAUUUGAUGAGACCACUUUUCAAAUAUAAAUAAAUAAAGAAAGAAAGGCUGGGAAUUAGCUGGGUUCAACUUCCAGUUCCUCCUCCCACACAUGGGUUAAAAAUAGCAAGUUUUGUUAAUAUUUUUUUUAAA